UAAAACCUUGUUUCAUAAAGCAGCACUUCAGGGGUAGACUGCUUAAAACAUGCAAAACAUACACUAAGUUCUCUAAAUGUUGACUUGAUAUUUUAUUAAGAACUUCAGUUUUAAAUUAUUACAGACAGGGAAAUGUUUCUGUAAAUUUUGUUCGCAUAUUGAGGCAACGGAAGCGGCGGAAAGGCCGGAGCGUUUAGGUUGUGUCUGAGUCAGUGUUGAUAUGAUUACGAAUCACUGAACCAGCAAAGGCUUGGAGCCAGCAUAGCAAAUAGGUUGGCACAGAGUAUGUCAUGGCUUCUCAUUCAAAAAAUUGCCCCAAGCUUUGAAAUUCCAGUCGCUAAUUUUCCUGUCGUGAGCGCACGCGUGCGCUGGAACAAGUUGCUUCAGACAUGGUGACUACGGCUAGAGUGCAUUUAGUUCUUCUACAAAUACCUCUCCUUCUCGUGCAGCUUGUCAGAGCAGCAGAGGAAUCAUGGGAUACCGCCGCCAUUGAGUUGAACUGCCACUCAUCUCACAUGAGCUUGUCAAUCAACUUACAGUACCUUCAGUGGCCCGACCCAGGCUCCCUACACCUGCGCGACCCAGCAUGCAAGCCCGCGUUCCACAACAAGACAGCGGUCACCUUCAAUAUCCCGCUUGACGGUUGUGGGACUCGGCACAAGUCACGUGACAGUUUAUUGGUUUUCUCUAAUGUUUUGUGUAACUCGGGAAAUACGUCACAGACUGAGAUUUCGCGGGAGCCAAUUAUAUGGGUUCCGUUUCGCUGUAAUUAUCGCCCGCGAUAUCGGAUCGUAGUGGUCGGCGGCGGUGAACAAAAGAAGAGUUACUCGCCACAGAGAAACAACGUCAGGAAAGGGAGCAAAAUGGGCUUACCAUCCGCCAAAGAUGUCAAUUUACAACAAGCGUCGUUUAGCUUUGGGAACAGAGUGAAUGUCUGCAUAACAUCCAUAAUCAUAUCCUUGGCCUUCCAGGGCAUGCCCUAGCAAACAAAUAGGAAAACAAGGCAAAGCAUGGGAAGCUACCAUGGCAUAGCAUAGCAAACAAAUAGGAAAACAAGGCAAAGCAUGGGAAGCUUCCAUGGCAUAGCAUAGCAAACAAAUAGGAAAACAAGGCAAAGCAUGGGAAGCUACCAUGGCAUAGCAUAGCAAACAAAUAGGAAAAAAGGCAAAGCAUGGGAAGCUUCCAUAACUUAGCGACUUAGCAUAGCAAAAAAAUAGGAAAACGAGGCAAAGCAUGGGAAGCUAUUUAUUGGAUGGACAGCUUUCUUUGGAGCAUGGCACAGUCUUGGCACAUUCUGUUUUCUAUAACUGUCAUUCCAUAUUUUUUUUUCAAUUUGAAUACGCUGGCCUGAUCAGAAUAUCACGGUCUCUCGUAUAGCUUUGGCGCUUAAAGAUAUAUUUCUAAAAAAAGUAUGAGAUUUUUGAAAGAAAAGAGAAAAAUAAAGGCAUGAGACGAA